CACAUGGCAUGACGUAGCCAAUGGAAGGUUGAAGCGCGGCCUAGGAAGUUCAGAAAAAAAGGUGUUACCGGAGAGAAGAGGGCGGGGUGUUUGCGGUACCGGGGGAGGUGCGAAAGAAGCGAAUUCAACCGGUACCGAGAGAACAGGCAGUUACCUCCCGCCACCAUGAGCACCAAGCACGUGACAUGCAGGUAUUUUAUGCAUGGAGUUUGCAGAGAAGGAGCAAGAUGCCUAUUUUCUCACGACUUAUCAUCAAGUAAACCAUCAACUAUUUGCAAAUUUUAUCAGAAAGGGCAUUGUGCUUAUGGUUCUCGUUGCAGGUAUGAUCAUGUCAAGCCUUUAGGUGGUGCUGUUCAUUUCUUUCAAGAACCUUCAUCACCAGCUUUUGAGGUUCCGCCCCUUCCUCUGACGCAGGAGCCCUCAACUCCCGACAAGACAGCUCCUCAGCGGCGUGAAAAGAAAAACCUUGUACUUCGAGAUCGAAAUCUCUGUGGGUCAUCCGAUGAAAAUCCAAGUUCAAUUUCAGCUGUCAGCGCAAACUAUUGCAGUGACCCUCCAGUAUCUCCUCUGGAAGCGAAGCCACAUUCUUACCUAGAAGCAAUUUGCACAGGGCUGGAAGAGGUUGAAGCUGGAAGCUCCUAUGUGAAUAAUUCCCAACUCCUUUGCCCUUAUGCAGCAGCCGGUGCAUGUAACUUUGGUGAGAGCUGUGAAUAUCUCCACGGUGAGGUGUGUGAAAUCUGUGGACUGCAAGUGCUUCAUCCAUACGACCAGGAUCAGAGACAAACACAUGAAAAGUUGUGCAUGGCAUCAUUUGAACAUGAAAUGGAAAAAGCAUUUGCUUUCCAGGCAAGCCAGGAAAAAGUGUGCAGUAUCUGCAUGGAGAUUGUAUAUGAAAAACCUUCAACAUCUGAGAGGAGAUUUGGGAUCCUGUCCAACUGCAAUCACACAUACUGCUUGACGUGCAUCAGACAAUGGAGAUGUGUGAAGCAGUUUGAAAAUCCAGUGAUCAAGUCAUGCCCAGAAUGUCGCGUAGUAUCAGAGUUUGUGAUCCCAAGUGUGUAUUGGGUUGAAGACCAAAGUAAGAAGAAUGAACUGAUUGAGGCUUUUAAGCAAGGGAUGGGGUAA